GGACAGCCAAACUGGUGUAAAUUUGCACUGGAACUGACCAAUCAUUCCUUUCGGUGUUGUUGAGGAACGGGUUCGCACACAAACUUGGCAUGUACGUCUGUUAUAGCCCUUUUAGGGAGCGAACCAAGAUGCCUCUGAAUGGCAGGUAGGCGAUUCAAUUUGUGCAAUUUAUCACUGUGAUGGUUCGUGGUGUUCAACAAAUGGAGUAAAUUGCGUUGCACCCCCAUGUUAGAGAACCGUAUUGAGCACCUACACCGUUCAGCACGCCACCCCAGGGUUGUUCUGUACCUGUCACGCCGUGACAAGCGAAUAGUGGACAAUGCUGCACUGUUCUACUGCUACACCCUUGCUGACCACGUGAUAUUUGGCGUAAAACCUGAGUACAUCGUAGGCAAUCACAUGCAGCGCAAAUUUAUAGCUGAGGGAUUGGCUGAGCUGAAGCAGUCAUGCAGGCAGCACAACAUACCAUUUGUACUAAUACACCGUAUUGAUGAGCUGGUGAGCACCUGUAACGUAGAGUGCAUAGUACUGGAUCAUUCACCGCUGCGGUAUGCACGUGCAGUUGAUGAUCAGCUGCACGAAUACUGCAAGCGUAGGGAUAUUGCGCUUGUUAGAGUUGAUGCCCAUAACAUUGUGCCGUAUGGCGUGGUAAAAGAUGAUGUGAAGAGCAGCUCAGCGGUUAAGAAAAGAUUGUUGGAAAGUUUUGGAAGAUUUGUUGAUGAGAGGUAUGAGAUAGGGAGAAGGGAUAGCGCGUGGAUGAGUGAUGAAGGGAUGAACGAUUUGGAAGGCAUUGAGUUGAGGAUAAAGGAUAAUCUUGAAAAUGAUGAGGAAGAUGGGAGUAGUGAGGAAGAAGGAGGGAGUAGUGAGGAAGAAGGGAGUAGUGAGGAAGAAGGGAGUAGUGAGGAAGAAGGGAGGAGUGGGGAAGAAGGGAGUAGUGAGGAAGAAGGGAGUAGUAGGGAAGAAGAGAGUAGUAGGGAAGAAGGGAGUAGUGAGGAAGAUGGGAGUAGUGAGGAAGAUGAUGAAGAAAAAGAUGAGGAAGAUGAUGAAGAAAAAGAUGAGGAAGAUGAUGAAGAAAAAGAUGAGGAAAAUGAUGAAGAAAAAGAUGAGGAAGAUGAUGAAGAAAAAGAUGGGAAUGGUAACAAAUGCAGCGGUGGAAAAGGAGAUACUGAAUCGGUUGAAGGACGGAAGAGUAAACGAGGCCGUAAACCAAAAGAAAAAGCAAAUAAAACACCGAAAGAUACGGUAACAAAUACUGGUACGGGCCGAAAACGCAGCAAGGACGUAAGACCUGUCAAGGCGGGCGCAAGCAAAGAUAACGAAAAAAAUAGUAAAAAAUUGGAAGGCACCAUGUGCUACGGGAGCAAAAAAAUGGGAGACAGACUAAAAGUAGUGAAGCAGCGCACCAACAUGUACAAGGCAGAGAUAAAACGAAUCAUAGAAAAACACGAUUUGCACUCGCAGUACGCAUCCAGCUUAACGGGCGGAUACUCCAACGCAUGCCAUACACUCAGCAAUUUCAUGAAGAACAGCCUAAUUAUUUACGACAAGUACCGGAACAGUGCCGACCAGAAUGUGUUGAGCGGUGUAUCAGCGUACAUUAAUGAUGGACAGAUCAGUGCGGGCGACGUGGUACGUGCUGUCAUACAGUGGGGUGAAGGCGGUGACAGAAGCGCGAAGAGGCGCAAAACGGGCAGCUCUAUUCGUGCAAUAACCGGCAGCGCAGACUCAAAGGAUGAAAAGAUGGUAAACGUAACCACCUAUCUCAACGAGGUCUUUAUAUGGCGGGAGACCGCAGAAUACUUCAUAACACGCAAUGCUAACUACGACAACUUCUAUGGCGCGCUGAAAUGGGCGCAGGACACGUUGAUGGCACAUCUCUCCGAUCCCCGCGAGCACUACACGCUCGAGCAGCUUGUUCUGGCACGCACUUCGGAUCCUGAAUGGAAUGCUGGGCAGAAACAAAUGGUGAUAACCGGCAAAAUGCACGGCUAUGUUCGAAUGUACUGGGCAAAAACCAUGUUGCACUGGUUUGAUCGGCCUGAAGAUGCGGUGAGUGUUGGAUGUCUGCUCAACGACACGUUCAGCCUGGACGGAAAUGAUGGAAACGGGUACCUGGGUGUUAUGUGGUGCAUGGUUGGCACGAUGGACCAGGGAUUUGCUGAGAAAAGCGUACUGGGAAAGAUCAGAAGUAUGAAAGGUAUCAAAGCAAAGGAUUACGUGCGCAAGUGGGAGGGCUAUCGAUUGGGGAGGUAAAACGAGAAAUAAACUGUGUGCUGGUGAAGCGAUAAAAUGCCGUAUAACGUGCCUGUAAGGGGCUGCUCGCUAAACGCAGCUACGGUCCUGAACGUAUUUUGAUCAAACAUUCUCUACACCACAUCCUUGCAGGUACACCUGGCCAGAUGUGUCCAUGAGGGACAUACCAGGGAUGGCACAGACUGUCGCUCCGUGUCCAUCUCAUGCAACCCUCUCUGAGAAGGUAUUUUCAGUAAAAUGAGCGGUAUGUCCUUUUCUUGAGGUUUUCCAAGACCAUUUUUAUUUUAUAAUAGCUGCGCUAUUCUCGUUUAUAAAACGGAAAAAGUUGCAAUGCCCAUUAAAUGAUGUUUUU